AAGCUAAGAUCAUUUCAAGCUCGUGUUUUUGCUUCAAUUACAACAUAUUUUCUUUAUCGCGUAUUCAUAUUGUUCGUACAGAAAAUGUGCAAAGUAGAAAUGCUGAGAGUGUUGGUGAAGCAGCGACUAACUGCUGCUGUGGAAGAAAUAUUUGUAGUGUUAGAAAGAACGAUAGCAGAAUACGAGGAGGAACUUUCUAGAACAAAAGAGGAGAACGAGCGACAACGUCAACUACUGGACGCUCUUUUCAACAAACAUCAACAAACAGUCCGUGAAGGAGAAGAUCUCCUCCCUGGGCAGCAGGAGUGGAGCUCCAGGACGGAGCGCGUCAAAGAAGAAGAGGAGGAGGCUGAUAUCUCCAACUUGCCCGUGAUUGGCGUCAUCGUGAAGAGUGAAGACGAUGAGGUCGGAGGUGAGAGUGAGGAGAAGAGAGAGGCGGAGCCUCCAAGCAGCAGCCCAACUCAACACGUGACAACAGAAGUCUGUGAUGAGAUGGAGCAGGAGGAGGCAGAGCCCCCCCACAUCAAAGAAGAGGAUGAGGAAGCUGAUAUCUCCAAGUUUUCCGUGACUUGUGUCACUGUGAAGAGUGAAGAUGAUGAGGUCAAAGGUGAAAGUGAGGAAAAAGGGGAGGUGGAGGCUCCAAGUAGCAGCUCCACUCACGAGGACCACUGUGGAGGAUCACAAGCAGACUUAGCUCCGCUAUCAGAGAGUGACGACGUAACAUCACACUCCUCUGACACCGACUCCAUAGCUGACACUGAAGUCAAACCCUUCGCGUGCUUGCUUUGUGGAAAAGCCUUUACUCGAAAUGCAAGUUUGAUAUCGCACAAAAGAACGCACACGGGGGAAAAACCUUUCACAUGCUCAGUGUGCGGUAAAACCUUUUCUGAAAAGAGCAGCCUGAGGAAACACACGAGAACACACACCGGAGAGAAACCGUUUUCCUGCGCGGUCUGCAAAAAGAGCUUCCGUUACUAUUCGACGUUGGUGACCCACAGGAGAGUGCACACCGGAGAGAAACCGUUUUCUUGCUCCGUCUGCCAAACAAGCUUCCGCUUUCAGACGUCUUUGAAUCAACACAUGCGGACGCACACAGGAGAGAAACCUUUUGCCUGCACAGUUUGCGAUAAAAGGUUCUCCCAAAAGUCGACUCUGACGGAACACGGGAGAUUGCACACCGGGGAGAAACCGUUUUCAUGUUCGGUGUGCGACACAAGUUUUAGGUAUCACGCGUCGUACAUUCAGCACAUGAAAAGACACGCGAGUGAGAGUUUGUGAGGAACUGGCCGCCCCUCCUUUUCGUUGGGUCCCGUGACGUGUGAAUUGUCACUUCAUAUCAUCUUUUUACCGCAAACAUAGUCCUACACCCUUCCUGCACCGUCACUGAUUAGAAUACAGAAAAACUGAUCCCAUAAAAUGUGUAUUAAUUCCUUCAAAAGUCUGCAGAUUUCUUGCAGUUUGUGACAAAAUGCGUCAUCUUGCUGAGUAACCUAAAUAAAACUUUUAUUUGAAUUUCUCAGGGCGUUGAGUUGAUUGCAAAUUGAUGGUUUGCUAGUCUGAGAGGAUGGUGCUGGAUCCACAGUAUUUAUUCUCUAAGAUGUGUCUGGCUGCGGCUUUACACCUGCUCAGCACACUGGUUUCUCCCCUGCUCCUGGUUGGCUACCACGAGUCUGUGAUGAGAUGGAGCAGGAGGAGGCGGAGCCCCCCUACGUUAAAGAAGAGAUCGAGGAAGCUGAUAUCUCCAAGUUACCAGGGACUGGUGUCACUGUGAAGAGUGACGAUGAUGAG